UAAUAAAGAACUUUGAAUGUUUCAUUCUAAAAUUCCAAUUGCUAAGGUUCAAACUGCUCCGAUGGCCUCUCGUUCAAGACAUCAAUCAAAAGCCUUCCUUUCAAAAAUAAAAAGUGAAGGGAUACCAGGUCAAGUCCCAACCCCCUUGGCAUAUAUACUUCGUGUAUGAACUGCUCAAUGUCUUCCAGUAAGUGGAAAAAACCAGAAAGCGCUGGUUUAUUUAGUUAAAGAAGACAUAACCAGCUCCCAGUACAAUGAAGCAGCAGAUAUGGCUGCAACAAUGAACUUCACUGAGUCAAACGAUCUGUACAAGCUUGGCAAGAUUCUAACAGAAAUAGACAUUUUCAAGACAUAAAAUCUGAAUUUCAAUAUUUUCAAAAA